AUGACACCGCAACCAAUAACGGAUUGGAUUCAAUUGCAGGACCGCUUCUAUAGGAAGCAAGAAAUCUAUACCAUGAUAUGGAAGCACAUGGAUCUGUCCAAGUACAUGAUCGCAGGUGCACCAUAUGGUGGGCCAAUAGCAAUGAUUCGUGAUGAUAAAAAGGUGCUACUGUUACAAAAACAGCAGCCAGUUAAGCCUACUAUAUAUCUUUACACGUCUGCCGGAAAAUUGAUGGAGCAAUUGCAAUGGGACAAAGGUCGCAUUGUGACGAUGGGCUGGACAGACACAGAACAAUUGAUAGUUGUUUUGGAAGAUGGUACAGUUAGACUAUAUGAUAUUCAUGGCGAUUACAGUCAAUUCUCCCUCGGAAAAGAAGCCAAGGAUCAUUCUGUUAUUGAAUGUCAGAUUUGGGGAACUGGUCUAGUAGCCUUGACUGGUAAUUUCAAGCUGAUUGCCCUUACCAACUUUGACGAGAUAAGACCUCUGAUGAUGGCCGAUCCCGGUUUGAACGACCCACCUCAUAGCUGGACUGUUAUCCCACCUCAGUAUACUCUUAGUCGACACGUGGAAGUUCUUUUAGCCACUGGCUCAACAAUUUUAACCGUAGAUGCCAAGGAGUCCCAGGAACAGCCAUUUAAUCAAGGUCCCUUUACCAAGAUGGCAGUUUCCCCAAAUGGUGCAUUCUUGGCGCUCUUUACCAAUGACGGCAAACUUUUGGUCGUUUCUACCGAUUUCCAAAAGAUUUUCACAGAGUUUCCGACUAAUUCUCAGGCGUCCCCUAAACAAUUAGUAUGGUGCGGUACUGACUCUGUGGUUUUAUAUUGGGAUCAAAUUGUUCUGAUGAUCGGUCCAUUUGGCGGUUACAUUAAAUAUCCAUACGAUUACUCGAUUUAUCUGAUUCCUGAAGUGGACGGCGUUCGCGUAAUAAGUAGUGAUAAAUGCGAAUUCCUGCAAAAAGUUCCAAAUGUCACGGAAGAAAUUUUUAAGAUUGGUUCGACCACACCCGCUGCCAUGUUAUUUGACGCUCUGGAACAUUUCGAUAAUAAAAAUCCAAAAGCCGAUGACCACAUCAGAAAUAUUCGUCCAGAACUUACCGAUGCGGUUAAUUCCUGCAUUGAAGCAGCUGGCCAUGAAUUUAAUCAAAGUUGGCAACGUAAUUUGCUCAAAGCCGCAGCGUUCGGUAAAGCAUUUCUGGAGACUUACAACGCUGAUCGCUUUGUAAACAUGUGCCAAACGUUGCGAGUACUGAACUCUGUACGAUAUUUUGAAAUCGGAAUACCAAUCACGUACACACAGUACAUACGAUUGACACCUGAUGUGUUGAUUGAUCGAUUGAUAAACCGUCACCAUCAUUUGCUUGCUCUAAGAAUUUGCGAAUACUUGAAGAUGAGAAUUGAUCGAGUUCUUAUCCACUGGGCAUGUGCAAAGAUUAAAAAAUCAAAAGAUGAUGAUGAAACGAUUUGUAGAAUGAUAGUGGAUAAACUUUCAAAUAAACCGGGUCUCUCGUAUGCAGAGAUAGCGAGAACGGCUUAUCAAGUAGGCCAACCUAAGUUGGCGACGAGGCUACUUGAUUACGAGCCUCGCGCAGCCGAUCAGGUACCAUUGUUAAUAAGUAUGCAAGAGGACGAACUAGCUCUGAUAAAAGCAAUUGAGAGUGGUGACACAGACUUGGUUUAUUAUGUUAUCAUUCAUCUGAAGAAGAAGCUUCCAUUGGGAGAAUUUUUCAGAAUCAUCAGCAACAAGCCCAUGGCGUGCAAAUUACUCGAAGUGUAUUGUAAACAACAAGAUUUGAAACUCUUGGAUGAUUUCUAUUAUCAGGAUGAUAGGCGAGUGGAAAUGGCCAGUAUGGCAAUAUUAGAGAGUUACGAACAAAAGAGUUUGGAGGAAAGAAUUAACAAGUUGAAAGUAGCUCUUAAACGGUAUCAAGAUGACAAAGAACAUGCUUUCGAAGCUAAGGCCAUCGACGAAAACAUAAGAUUGCUACAAGUCCAAAGUCAACUGGAAAAAGAAUUGGAGCAACCUUUAGUUGGUUUGUCUUUGAGUGAAACAAUUCAUAAAUGCAUUAUUUUAAAUAAUUCCAGCAAAGCGAGCAAACUUAAAUCCGACUUCAAGGUUCCCGAUAAGCGGUUUUGGUGGAUUAAAUUGAAAGCUCUGGUUGAAAUGAGAGGUUGGGAUGAAUUGGACAAAUUUGCAAAGUCCAAAAAAUCUCCUAUUGGAUACGAACCAUUUGUUGAAGAAUGUAUUAAGGCAAUGCAGCAACGAGAGGCGGCCAAAUAUAUUAAAAAUUGCGAACCUGCAGUAAGGCCUGGGUUGUACAUAAAGAUUGGUGACUUUAAGGCUGCGGGUCAGGAAGCACUCUUAUUAAAAGAUAUUCAGCUAUUAAGAGAAAUACGAAGUAAAUGCACUAAUCAUAUUAUCGCACAAGAAUUGGACGCAUAUAUUGCUCAAGCGAGCUCGAGAUAG